AACAAUUCGGGAUGAAGGCAGCUAUAAUUUUGGCACUGAUCGGCACAGUUUUGGCUGCUCCGCAGAUCAAGUUGACGGCGAAGCCAGUUGACAAGUAUAGUCAUAUAUUUGCGGAGGUCCGACCUGAAGUCCAGAGGCCUCAGCAUCACAACUACGUGGUUGAAAUAGAGACGGAGAAGAAGCCCACGCAGAACGUGGAGUUCGAGAUCGGCCAGCAACACCAAAGCUCUGCUCAGGGACACUUGGUUAAUUUGGAAGCUAAACCAGUGGAGCAGAAGCAUCAACAACACUUGGAGGUGGAAAUCCAGCAGCAGCACCCGAACUCUUCUCCAAAUCAUCAGGUGGAAUAUGAAAUCAGGCCUGUGGUGCAGAAGGUACCACAGCAUUUGGAAGUUGAGAUCAAGCAGCAGCACUCUUCUCCAAACCAUCAGGUGGAAUAUGAAAUCAAGCCGGUGGUGCAGAAGGUACCACAGCAUUUGGAAGUUGAGAUCAAGCAGCAGCAGGAGCAUUCUGUGGAAGCAAAGCCCGAGGAGCAGAAGCAUAUCCAACAUAUCGAACUGGAAGUCUCUCAGGAGGAUAAGCUCUUGUUCUCCAAUCCCCAGAACCAACAUUUCAACCUCAACCUGCGCCAAUAGGGCGGCAGACCAAAAGAUGUAUCCGUAUUACAAAGGGCAUUAAAUAUGUAUAAUUACAAA